GCCAUGGGCUCCCAGAGUCCCCUGUCCACGGAGGCGGAUCAGGCCAGGAGCAGAGCCUCCGGAGCCUGGGCACAGCCAGUACCAUUGUGUCGGGCACCAUCAGCCCCUCUCUCCCUUUGAGCCCAGGCAGGCAACACCUCUUGCCAUAGGCCCCAGAGAGAAAGAGCAACACUAUAGUGUGGACCCCACCGCCAGGGGAGCUGAGGCCGUGCUGCUCCAAAGAGCUGUAACACAAAGCGCAGGACAGACGGGACUGAGCCCAGAACCAGCCUGUCCCACGGAGCAGCCGGCAGAGAUGGAGGCGCAGGAAGCCACCCCCAACCCUGCACUGAUGGCAGAGGAGCCCGGGGCCACGGCCAAGGAGGCUGAAGGGGUGGAGGCAGCGGGGGGCAAGGAUGGGCUGGGGGAAAAGGGGAAAGCAGGGGAUUCUGGGAGUGAUGCUAAGCAGGGUGAGGCCAGGGAAGCAGGGGAUUCUGGGAGUGAUGCUAAGCAGGGUGCUGAGGCUGGGGCAGCAGGGGAUUCUGGGAGUAAUACAAAGGGGGGCAUAGAGGCCAAUGGAGCAACGGAUUCUGGGAGCGAUGCUAAGCAGAGCAGUGAGGCCGGGGGAGCAAAGGAUUCUGGGAGCGAUGCUAAGCAGAGCAGUGAGGCCGGGGGAGCAAAGGAUUCUGGGAGCGAUGCUAAGCAGAGCAGUGAGGCCGGGGGAGCAAAGGAUUCUGGGAGCGAUGCUAAGCAGAGCAGUGAGGCCGGGGGAGCAAAGGAUUCUGGGAGCGAUGCUAAGCAGAGCAGUGAGGCCGGGGGAGCAAAGGAUUCUGGGAAUGAUGCUAAGCAGGGUGGUGAGGCUGGGGAUAUUGGGGCUGGAGCAGAGGGGCAAGGGGCUGGAGCAGAGGAGAAGGCAGCAGUAGGAGGGGCUGAGCCUGAACCCCAGGAGGGGGCUGCCGGGGCCAAGCCAGAGAGGCAGGUGUCUGAGGAGCAAGGGGCUGGAGCUGAGGGGGCCAGCGGUGCUCUGGCCAGAGAGGGGCACAGUGGGAGCACCUCAAAGGAGCCGCUGUCCCCAGAGACAGGAGGUGAGGAGGAAGAGUGGGGUGAGCCUGCACCCAGCCCCACAGGAGAUGCUGCCAUCAGGGUGGAGACGGGGGCUCCCCAGCCAGGAGGCAUCUCCCAAGGCCCAGAAGCCCCUCCCGAUGGCAGUGCCAGCACUGGAGGGGCAGCCCAGCAGGACAGCGGGCCGAGCCCCACACCUGAAGGAGCCCUGCCCCCCAAGGAGAAGCCGAAGAGACCGGCCCUAGAUCGGAGGGAGUUGACCCGACCCCGCCUGGCACCCAGGGCCCAAUCCCGCAAGGCCAUUAUGGAAAAAUUUGGGGGAGCAGCCAGUGGCCCUGCCCCCAACAUCAAGAAGACUGGCGGCGCCAACGCCAUCAAGAACAUGCUGCUGGAGUGGUGUCGUGCCAAGACACGUGGCUACGAGCACGUGGACAUCCAAAACUUCUCCUCCAGCUGGAGCAGUGGCUUGGCCUUCUGCGCCCUCAUCCACAAGUUCUUCCCGGACGCCUUCGACUAUGAGGCCCUCGACCCAGCCAACCGCAGGGAGAACUUUGCCCUGGCCUUUGCCACUGCUGAGCAGCACGCCGACUGCGCCCCGCUGCUGGAGGUGGAGGACAUGGUGCGCAUGAGCGUCCCGGACUCCAAGUGCGUCUACACCUACGUCCAGGAGCUGUACCGCAGCCUGGUGGACAAGGGGCUGGUGAAGACCAAGAAGAAAUGAGGCGGGGGCAGGGGCCACCCGAGAAGCAGAGCGCGCCUGACAGCACUGGUCUGUGCUGGCACUCCCCCCCCACAGCCUGGCAUCUCCUCUGCUGAUAACUCCACCCCACCCCAGCCAGCAGGAGCUCUGGCUCAGAGGGCAGGCAAGGUCCUGGCAGAUCCAAUAAAGCAGAACUGCUCCAAG